AUGGAAAAGCCAAGAUUUGUUAUUGUCGGUUUCCAAACGAACAGAAAAAAUUACAUUCAAAAAAAUGUGAGUCAAUUCGAUCACUGUAAGCUCACCAAUAUGAAACUUCACCUGAACUCUGAAGUGUACCCCUAUGACAAUUUGAAUCUCAAUUUCAAUAAAUAUCAGUUUUCUGUUAUAUGUGGAAUGUAUGCACGAUUUCAAGAGUCAUAUUACUAUGAAAAUUCUGGUGAACCGUGUCUAACAUUAUCAAAAUUCCAUGAUAUAGCACCAUUGAUUGUGAUAGAUUGUAGUAGACAAAACGAAUCUUUGAAGACAGGUAGUAUGGACAUUCGCCUCGAAUUUGAAACGAAUCAAAACAUUCCUGCAAACACCUCUGCCUACUGUAAAAUAUUACAUGACCGUUCAGUAAGGUAUAACCCCCUCACUAAUGUGAUGAAAAUAUUGUAG